AUGAAACAUCUUUUUGCAUCUUCUAUCUUUGUGGUCUUCUUCCUAACCCCAUCCCUAGCCGUGAUAAAUAUCCGUGACAACCAUCCUCUUAAUGGAUCUGUUGGGACUCAAAUUAUCCAUGUCAGUGCCUUUCAAAGUAUGGUCAGCAUCUGAGACAACAAUGUUUUCAGUGAGUGGGACGGAAUCCUAGACUACAAGAAUGCCCUGUUGGCGGCUAACCUAUUUAACAAGAUGGCCUGUGCUCUGGCCAAGAUGGACCAAGUGGUCUUCCCAAGUUUGGAUGACAUUAGCAAGGCCCUGGACAAGCAGGCUUUUAAGCAUUACCCAUCUACUUGCGGCCUGACCCACACUGUUUUACCCAGCUGGGUCAAGAACUUAGCACAGUAUGGAAUGCCCAUUAAGGACAUGUGCAGAGAUGACCCCGCCUACUUUGCUCGGCAGCAAAAAGAAGGUGUGUUAGCAACCAAGGCCAAGACCAUGGGUGAGUCAAAAGGCACAGUGUGA